AUGGCCUCCCCCAACCACUCCAUACUAAAAAAAAGCUCGAUAUCCACUACGCCAUACACACCCCCGAAACAUCUCUCCACAGGCUCCUUCUUGACGCCGCAGCAGCUGGCGGUGGAGUAUCAAGAGUUCGUAAAGAGCUUGAAAUAUGUGUCUACCGCGCCUGAGAUGGUGUUUGAGCGUCUGGUUGCAAGCUUGAAGGAUGCGUUGAAUGAGAGCGGGGAGGAGGGAGUGAAAGAGGUGAAUGAUUCGGACGUUAAAGACUCAGUGGCUAUAGGUACGGGAGUUAAAUCCGACGCUGAUUCUGCCGCAAAGCCAGCACUGCGUAAAGACCCGUUUGUUGGGAAGUAUAGCGCCACUUUAAAAGGUGUAUAUUGCGACGGCGGGUUCUACCAGUUCAAGGGCUUUAAAAUACCGUUGGAAUCCGGCGGGUAUUCGUCUGCAAUACAUAAUAUAACUUUACCGGUGACAUUCACAAAACUGAAGCUCAAUACUCCCGUAUCACGCAAGCACAGCUUCUCAAGCAGCGACCAUCACAUACACGUUCCUGUUCAAACAGAAUCGUACUCCUCGGGCUCGGGGUCGCUAAAGGUAGCGAUCAACUGGAUAGAAAUCGGCAGCGAACAAGGUUUUCAGCACGGGAGAGUCGAUACCAGAUGUUACAAUUGCUACCCCUGGAAUGAAACACGAUCUACUAAGGAAAUUCACGUCACCUUCAAGUCCCCGUAUCCCGCAAUACCGCACGUCGCGGUGUGGUUCUCUGACUUCACCCACGAGGAAAAUAAUGGCGAGCGGUUUGAAGUAAAAGUCCAUGCGCGUGCGACCAACGUCACUACGACAGGUUUUGUGAUUAAUGUUCUGGAACCCAAAACCGAAUACUUCUUGGAACCCAUUAUUACGUGGCUUGCUUAUCCCGCAACUAGAAAGGAUGUCUUUAAGGGUACCUUUAGUACCACAAAAGUCGGUCAGAAAAUGUUUUCAUCCGAACGUGGUAUCAGGAAUUCCAUGACUACGGAUUCACUUCUCCACCUCGCAUUUUUAUGGGUUCUUUCUGUCGAACUAUACUGUUUUUCCUUCAUCUCCACUCUACGUACCAACGUGUCUAGAUUCAUCAAGGGAUACCCAGAUGAGUAG